CGCGCGCGCGACGCUCACUUCCUGCUCCGCGUUGCCUUGGCGACCGCGUACCUUUACGAUACAUUGACGAUACUAACACGAUACUAGUACGACAUUAAAUAUUAUUAUUUAUUUUCGAUUUUUUUAUAUCGAAAACUGUGCUGUGUGUGAAGUGAACUUGUAAACAUGGUUGACUGUGAUACAGCUGAGGUGACGGCGCUGAAACCCAGUCGGCUGCUGGGCAUGCGUCACGUGAUGGCGUGCCUCAUGUUCCUGGGGACCACCGUCUCCUAUGCCACGCGUGUCUCCAUGAGCGUCGGCAUCGUCGCCAUGACAUCCAACAACAGCUAUGGCCAUCCGGUGUUCUCCCACUGGACGCGCAGCAUCCAGGACACGAUCCUGUCCUCCUUCUUCUGGGGCUACAUCGUGCUGCAGAUCCCGGCGGGCUACAUCGCCGGCAGGUUCGGUGGCAAGUACCUCAUGCUAAUCUCCAUGGCAACCACUGGCGUCGUCAACUUGCUGCUACCCAUUGCAGCUAUCAAGGGUGACUACAUUGCGGUGUGUGCGUGCCGCAUCGUGAUGGGGCUGGUGCAGGGGCUGCUGUACCCCAGCCUGCACGGCGUGCUCGGCCACUGGGUGCCCGUUACCGAGCGCAGCCGACUCGGCACCUUCGUCUAUGCUGGAGCACAGCUGGGCACGAUUGUGGAGCUGCUAACAUCAGGCGUGCUAGCUGCCAGUCCGUGGGGCUGGCCGUCCGUGUUCUACGUGGCCGGCAUCUCCUGCAUCGUCUGGUCGGUGCUGUGGCUCAUAUUCGGCGACUCCACGCCCGACUCUAGCCGGUGGAUCUCUAAGGAAGAGAGGAAUUACAUCGAGACCAACGCUGGCUCCAACAAAAUUGGACAUGAGAAAAUACCAACUCCUUGGAAAAGUAUCCUGACGUGUCUGCCAUUCUGGGCGAUCUUGCUCGCUCACAGCGGUCAGAACUUAGGAUUUUGGACACUUCUCACCGAGUUACCGUCAUACAUGAAGAAUGUUCUAAAUGUGGACAUUAAAGAGAACGGGCAGUUGUCAGCUCUGCCGUACAUUGCCAUGUACAUCCUCAGCUUCUUCUUCAGCUGGCUGGCAGACUUCCUAGUGAACAGAAAGAUCGUGAGACUGGUCACCUCACGCAGAAUAUUCAAUACUAUCGCUCAAUGGGGUCCUGCUGUAGCUCUGCUGGGUCUAUCGUACCUGCCGGCCGGGAACUUGUCACUUGCUGUCAUUAUCCUCACCAUCACCUGUGGUCUCAACGGCGCUCACUACGUGGGCUUCAUGUUAUCUCACAUCGACUUGUCUCCGAACCACGCGAGCACCAUGAUGGGCUUUACUAACGGCAUUGGAGCGAUCUUCUCGAUCUUAGCUCCUCUCACUGUCUCUUUCGUUGUUGAAGACGAGACAAGUGCAGCUGACUGGCGGAAAGUAUUCUUCAUAUCAGUAGCAUUCUAUUUCCUGGUCAACUUGUUCUACCUGCUGUUCAUUUCUGCUGAUGUACAGCCAUGGAAUGAGCCCAAACCUUCGAAAGCUCUCGAAGAUGGAGUGAAGAAAUCAGAUGAAAAAAAAGCUGAUGAGAAGUCAAAGAAUACGGGCGAGCAUAAGUUCUGAUGACGCGAGGAGUUGACUGCUAGUCAUAGAUAUAGUAGUGAAGCAACGUUUGUUACAUGUUCGAGUACCAGGGGUCGUGGCUCGACUGCACGCAGGGCAUUCAUGUUACAAACUCCGACUGUGAUAUGUGUCUCUUAAUGGUCGCUGCUUUAAGUACAGUACAACAUUAUUAUGAUUUGUACAAUUGCCAGGUGGAAAUAAUUAUUUUCUUUAGUCUAAAAAUAUAGCAACGUCACAAAAUAUAAAUUCACUAACAUCAACAUCAUUAUUGCUAGUGAAAAUAUUUGCUCAAUUAUAUAGAGUAUACGAGUAUGAAAAGUUCCCAGUGGCAUAUCGUACCUAAUUAAAACUUAAUUCAGGAACUCGCGGGCUCACGUGCCCUCUUCAAAUUAUGACAAAUUGUGUUCGGAACUGCCUCAAGUUUGUCACAUUCCCUUUUGACAAAUCCAAUUAUACAACAGUUUGUCAUAUUUUAUGAGUACACUCGUUUAAUUAGAAAAUUUCCUGAAUAACUGCUUCCGUGAUUUAUGUCAAGUCAUGGGAACGUUUCCUUGCAAGUAUGCAUACUCUCGAGUGACUGACUAACCAUGAACCACGUUAUCCAUAGUGUUGAGUACUUCUAUGGGUUAAAUUUGAUUAGCCUUUGACGAAGUUUUUUGACUGUGAAAAUAUUGAUGUCAAUUUUAAUAACUAAUAUACAUUAGCAGUAUAUAAUGUAUAAACGUUUAUCAAAUAUAAUGCAGCGGAAACCAAAGAGGAUUCUGUAAACCACGCGACCAG